AUGAGAAACUUCUCCCAUGGUCGCUCCCAACGACAGUUUCACGAUAAUGAGGAGCAUGUAGUUGGUGAAAUUUUAGAGGAUAUCGAAUGUCUGAAAAUCGACGAUGAGGGAUCAGAUUGUUAUGACGACCUAAAUGAUGAUACAUUUGGUGGUGGUGCAGACGAACCUUGGGAUCCAACUGAAACAUUUCGGGAAGCUGAGAAUGAACGUAUAGCUCCUCGUGGGCCACGAGAGCUUGUAAAAUGUGAACUUUUCGAUCUUCCGGAAUUAGAACCUAUUAGGCAACCCCGUCAAAGACGCGUACGUAGAGAUCAACAGAAGACACAGAACCCUAAUUCUGACUCUAAUCAAGCAAAUUCCGUUAAGCAACGUACAAGUAAAUCUCCAAAAUCGCGCAGCCAACGUACCGAUGGACCUGAGGAGGUUACCCGUAAAUCAUCAUUCCAAGAUGACUUAGAAAGUUAUCGCCUCCUGGGAAUGUUUGCCAUUAACCCGACCUUUGUUAAUUUAGUAGCACAGGGUGAGGCAACAACUAACCGCCGUUGGCGGGUAUCGCAACGUACCCUGGAACGACAUAUGAGUGGCGUCACUCGAACUCCAGAAAACGUGGAGAAGGAACUAUUUCUGAACGAUCAGGCAUUUGACCAAAUAUUGCGGAUCCAUUUAACACAGACCUGUAAGGAUCCACGCUUACAAAAUUAUAAAGGCAAAUGGAACACACGCCACAUGAAAAAUCCACAAAACGCCACUACACAACCUUCCAGUGAACCUAAUGAAGAAGCUGUACCUCCUACAGUGGAUAAAAAACCUGAUGUUAAUCCCAACCGUUUCGGAAAAACAAGCUCCGCAUCGGUACGAUAUGGUAGAAAGUUGAUCCGUCUAAAUGACAUAAGCACCGCAAAAUCAGGACCUGUCAGCAAAGAACAGCAGAUCCGUGAUGCUAUAGAGUGCGGUUACGAGGCAUUAUACAUGCUCGAUGAUAUAGAGGAGGAAAUCGAUCAAUGUCCGAUGAACCACGUCGCUGCCCUAGACAAGAUGCAAAAGGACCGUGAGGGCAAACUCAACGAAUUAUAUUCUUCACUUACCACUGGUGAAGUAUGUAUAGAGGAUAUUAUGAUGUUAAAUAAAGGGCGCCUACUUAUGAUAAAACUAGGGUGUAAGUUAAGUAUCGAAACCAAGUUACAGUUGACAUGUUCUCUGGUUCGAUGCACCCCGGUUUUUGAAUCUAUAUGCGCUGAAGUGGAUAAGGUACUGGAAAACGUACCUUCAGCGGUUCCACUUAUAGCAUUGCUUUCAUCUUCUUACUCACUGAAACCCUUGGUUGCGUUUGAUCGUGAAUCAGACUCUGAGGAAGAAGCUGAAGGCGCUGACAUACAUCAGCUUCUCGCUAGCACUAACUCAUAUACAAAAUCAUUCCUGUUCAUUGUUGAGGCGUUGACAAUGACAGGUCACCUUUUCUUACUUACCUCUGAAGCGGGUACCCGUGAGACCGCAUUGCAACGCUGCUUCAAUAUUUUGGUACGGGGCCAUCAAUUGUCGAAAAUGUGCGAAACAUUACUCUCUUCCCGCGGUGGCGUAAUUUUCAUGAACGUGCUGCUUGAUAGGAGGCGCCUAAAUCCAAUAGCUGUUGACAAGAGCGUGUUAGACCUGGUGGUACAUUACACUCUUGAGGUUUCGGAGCGUAUAAAUACCCACGGCGAAGAGUGGAAGUCACUUGCGUCAACCAUCAUGAAUAUGAUGAGUUAG